UUUGACAUUUCUCUCAUCAUCCCCCCAUCCCAUCAAACCAAACUGUAAAUGAAGGAUUCAGCAUAAAAUUUAAUUAGAAACUAUUUUCCUUGCCAAUUAACAACUUUAACUAUGGCGUCGACAUCUAAAGAUAGUGUGCCGGUAACAAGUGAUGUUCAGGAGAACAUAGGAAGUGAUUUAGAGCCUGGGGCUUGUCCGGAAAGUAUACUGAAUCCUACAGAUUCUUUUGAAGAAUUUGCCUCAGAGAUGAGCUCGAGUCUUCAAGAAAGGAAUGACUCUUUGACUGUGAAGAGUAGCACUAUAAGUGAGAUUCAAAGUGAGAUUGGUGAGAGCUCGAAAGAAGCGCAAAUGAAGAGUGCAAAGUCGAGUGAUGAUUUACAGAAUAAAGAUGAAUCCAUGUCAGCAUCUGCCAGCAACUCCAACCUGAUGGAAGAGAAUGGGGAAGUGGAAAGUGAGGAGGAUGAUUACUUGAAGUCUCCGGAGCUCGUGAACAAGGAGAAGCAUGUGUUUAUAUUAAGUUCUGCUGGUAAACCUAUAUACUCUAGGUAUGGAAACGAAGAUAAAUUGGCCGGCCUCUGCGGAGUAAUCCAAGCGCUAGUCAGCGUAGUAGAAGACCACAACCAGGAUAUCCUGAGGGCCAUCAAUACUAAGGACUGCAAGGCGGUGUUCCUAGUGAAAGGACCUUUGAUACUGGUUGCGGUGUCUAAGAGCAAUGAGAGUGAAACACAAUUGGUUUUACAGUUGACAUAUGCCUUCAACCAAAUAGUAUCGGUUCUAACACUAACCCAGCUGAACAAAAUCUUCGAGCAACGUCGUAACUAUGAUCUCAGAAGAUUGCUGUCAGGCGCAGAAAGGCUUAUAGACCAUCUGCUUAUAUUCAUGGAAAAGGACCCAGCGUUUUUACUAGGUGCUGUCCGCUGCCUGCCGCUCCCAGAAAAAUCCAGAGAAUCCAUAACACACGCAAUAAUAUCAGCGUGCCACAAAAUAAGAGACCUAGUAUUCGCAAUACUUAUAGCAGGCAACCAGUUGAUCACUUUAGUGAGAAUGAAGAAAUACACAUUACACCCUUCGGAUAUACAUUUGUUGUUUAAUCUGGUGAGGAGUUCGGAGUCUUUCAAGACUGCUGAGAGUUGGACGCCGAUAUGUUUACCCAAGUUUGAUGCUACUGGCUUCCUCCACGGCCACGUCUCAUACAUCUCCGAAGACUGCCAAGCAUGCCUUCUCCUUCUAACAGUACAGCGAGACGCGUUCUACCCUCUCUCUCAGGCAAAACACACCAUAGCAGAGAAACUGCGGCAAAAUAAAUGUUUGUCGGCUAUCAACGACGCAUUAAACAGGCAUCCAGAUUUGCCCACGACAGAUCCACUGAAACACAUAGGAAUACCAGAGAUCAGGCACUUUAUGUAUAAGUGCAAAUCUACAGCGCAGCUGUUCACUUCGGACCCUAUAUCUAUAGACAGAUUGCAGGAUUACCGAAUACGGCAUAAAGAGGGCGGUGACGUAGUUAAAGAGAGGAAGCUGACGAAAAUGUCCGAGAUCGACUACGUGAGGAACUACAGGAAGUUCUGCAGUCAGAUACAUUGUACAUCCACACCUGCCAAGCUGAUCUUUAGGUCUAAUUCACAAGAUACCAUACUAGCUUGGAUAACAAACGGCUUCGAACUAUACGUGACCUUCGAUCCCCUGAUGGAAAAAGACCACGCCAUUAAAGCAGUGGACCGCCUCCUGCGGUGGAUCAAGCGCGAGGAGCAGAGGAUAUUCAUCAUGCACGCGCCGACCUUCUAGCAGCCGUUCAGGGUCAGGAACCCCUUCGUGAGGUAUAGUGUGGAAGAGAAAACUAAUGAUGUCCAAGAAACUCUUUAAAGUUGAAAAUUAUGGUGAUAUCCGUGUAUUUCGUGUGUAAAUAAGAAAGACUUUGGGAUAUAUUAUUACUUCAGAAACUGUGAAGGAGUGAUAUAAUGAUAUUUCAUGGGUAUGCAUAAAGGCAACCGGGGUUAACGACCACUCUGGCCUGCCUAUGAAGCUGAUGGUCCUGGGUUCAAAUCCGGGCAUUUAUUUGUGUGAUGAGCACAUAUAUUUGUUCCUGUAUCAUGGAUGUUUUCCAUGUCGUAUUAGUAUGUUAUAUAUAUCGUUGUCUGGGUAUUCACAACACAAGCCUUCUUGAGCUUACAGUGGGACUUAGUCAAUUUGUGUAAGAAUGUCCCUAUAAUAAUAUUAAUAUCAAUAUUGAUACAGACGACCGGUCUGGCCUAGUGGGUAGUGACCCUGCCUACGAAGCUGAUGGUCCCGGGUUCAAAUCCUGGUAAGGGCAUGUAUUCGUGUGAUGAGCAUGGAUAUUUGUUCCUGAGUCAUGUGUGUUUUCUAUGUAUUUAAGUAUUUAUAAAUAUUUAUAUAUUACAUAUAUCGUUGUCUAAGCACCCUCAACACAAGCCUUAUUGAGCUUACUGUGGGACUUAGUCAAUUUGUGUAAUGAUGUCCUAUAAUAUUUAUUUAUUGAUACAAAAACAAGACAAAUCUCUUGAAAUUAAGACUUAUCAUUAUAUAAAUUCUUAUUUUAAAGCGACUGGUUGUUUUAGUAUGAAUAUUGAUACUUUACUUAAUACACAUCUAAGGGAGGUCAGACCAAUACACCGUCUGGCUUUCAUUUGAUCCCCUAACGGAAAACACCACGCUAUACAUAUAUAAAUGUGUAAACCCUGUAUAGAUCGUGUCAUUCACGAAGACUUGUGCCUUGACUCGUAUUGUCAUAUUUUAUUUUAAACUAAGUAAAGGUUAGAUUUGACAAAUUUGCGCGUCAUCGCGGAUGACACGAACUGUAUAAUACAAGGUGCCCGUGAGCAUUGCGAGAGAUUUUAACGGUGCAUUCCUGAUGGCAACAGAAACAAAAAAUGUUAUAUGACAUUUUGUGAAAUUCGACAAAAAAAAAUUUUUUUUAUUUUUUUCCCCCUUUUUUGAACACUCCUGUACAUAAAACGUAAUUUUUAUUGACAAACACAUAACCUGAAAUUAACUAAAAAGUUUUUUUUUUAUUUGGAGGUAGCCUCUCGAAUACAUUUUUUUAAUUUUUCGAUGUCAAUCAAUAGACCAGACUAGACCUCAAAGUGGCAAUACCGCAGUCAAAAAUGUGUUUUGUACCGACUUAUGGCGAAAGAAUGAUUUCGAAAAACAUUUAAUUAUCUCUGAAACUAGGCCUAAUCCAGAAAAUAUUAUAUGACAUUUUAGUUUCUAAAUAUUACCAGGAAUGCUUAGUUAAAAUCUCUCGCAAUGCUCACGGGCACCUUGUAUAA